AUGGUCAAAUUUAGCUUAGAAAGACAGACUUAUGAAGUACCUGGUACUCGAUCUCCUGGUCAAACAGGUAUCUACCGUAAUGCUCAGAACACAACUAUUCAAGAAACCUUCAAUCCUAAAGUGAAGACAAUGAUUGAAAUCUUUAAUCAUGGUUUAAACAUCUCAAAGGACAGACCAUGCCUUGGUGUUCGUUCUUUCAAAAAUGCAGAAACUGGUGAACGCGGUCCUUAUAUUUGGCAAACGUACCGUCAAGUUAACCAUCGUAUCACUAACUUUGGUUCUGGUCUCUUGAAUUAUUUGAACCAUACAGUAGGCGAAACUCGUACUCAACAGAUUCCUAUUGGUAUUUGGGCUAUCAAUCGUCCUGAAUGGACCAUCACUGAUUUAGCUUGUUCUGCUUAUGGUCUCUAUACAGUUGCUUUGUAUGAUACCUUGGGUCCUGAUACAGUCGAAUUCGUGAUUAACCAUGCUGAAAUUGAAACUGUCGUAUGCUCUGGUGAUCAUAUUGCUGAUCUCUUGAAAUUAAGACACAAGUUGCCUCACCUCAAGACAAUUAUCUCUAUGGAUUCGAUUGACGAAACCACUCGUCCUGGUGCUGUUUCUUCAAGUGCUAUCAUCAAGGCUUGGGCAGCAGAGAAAGAUAUCAAACUGGUUGAUUUCAACUCAAUUGAAACCUUGGGUAAAAAAAACAGACGUACACAUAACUACCCUAAGCCUGACGAUUUGGCUUGUAUUAUGUAUACAAGUGGUACAACGGGUAUGCCAAAGGGCGCCAUGUUGACUCACCGCAAUUUUGUUUCUGCCUUGUCUGCUAGUUAUAAAGCCUUGGGUGGUAACGAACAUGAUGCUACCAUCUCUUAUCUGCCUCUUGCCCAUAUCUUUGGCCGUAUUACUGACAUGGUCACCCUUUGUUGUGGCGGUCGCCUAGGUUAUUUUGGUGGUGAUAUGAAUUUGUUGGUAGAAGAUGUUCAAGAAUUAAAGCCUACUGUCUUUGCUACCGUACCUCGUCUUUUGAACCGUAUCUAUGGUAAGCUUGUGGCUUCUACGAUCAAUGCACCCGGUACAACAGGCGCUUUAGCACGUCGUGCUGUAGCUACUAAACUAGCCAAUCUUGAAGCCGGCAAGGGAUACACCCAUCCUUUCUGGGACCGUUUGAUUUUCAACAAGGUCAAGCAAGCCUUGGGUGGCAAUGUCCGUAUCAUGGUCACGGGUUCUGCUCCUAUUGGUAAAGAUGUCAUGCAAUUCCUUCGUAUUGCCUUCUGCUGUGAUAUUCGUGAAGGUUAUGGUGCUACUGAAACCUGUGCUGCUUCUUGUGUCCACUAUGAAAACGAAUACAAGGCCGGUCAUCUGGGUGCUCCUUUUGUCUGUAACGAAAUCAAGCUGGUGGAUGUGUCUGAAAUGGACUAUUUGUCUACUGAUCCUUACCCUCGUGGUGAAAUCUGCAUUCGCGGCCCUAACGUGUUCAAGGGAUACUACAAGGACGAAGAAAAGACAAGAGAAGCCAUUGAUACUGAAGGCUGGUUCCAUACAGGUGAUAUUGGUAUGAUCAAUGAACGCGGUGCACUUGUUAUCAUUGACCGUAAGAAGAACAUCUUCAAGUUGUCUCAAGGUGAAUACAUUGCUCCUGAAAAGAUUGAGAAUGUCUAUGCCAAGGAACCUGUGGUUGCUCAAAUCUAUUUGCACGGUGAUUCUCUUCAGAGUGAAUUGGUGGCUAUUGUGGUACCUGAUCCUGAUACACUCAACAGUCUUGUGGCUGCUAAAUUGCCACAUAUCCAUGCCAAGAAAUUGAGCUUCCCUGAAUUGUGUAAGGUGCCUGAAGUAUCCAACUUGGUGCUUGAACAGAUCACCAAGGUAGGCAAGAAGGCUGAAUUACGUGGUUUUGAACAAGCCAAGGCUAUUUAUUUGGAAUCUGAACCAUUUGCUAUUGAAAAUGAUCUCUUGACACCUACUUUUAAGGUGAAGCGUCCUCAAGCAAAAAAGUACUAUGAAAGCCAAAUUGCUCAACUCUAUGAAAGUCUUGCUAAUAAGGUACAAGCUGUCAAGGCUAAACUUUAA